AUGAAAAAUCACUCCCUCAAAAUAUCUUACCAUCUACCCCCACCAGAGGCAGCAGCGGCCACCAGAGUAAGGAUCGAUGACACGCCAGGGGACUACCAGCCUCCACCUAUAAUAAGGCUCUUGCCAGUGGGCUCGGAUUCCUUCGUCAACCCGGGAUCUGUAGCUCGAUCCCCCCUUCAAGACCCCUCACUGACCCCAUCAGCCUGUUGGCACCGGAAAUCAAGUUCCGUGGGAGAGUGUCGACCCCACCGAGAGUGUUACCGCUACCUGAGGCUGCCAGACAUCCCCCUUCACGAGUCAUGGGUCUUCGGCAUAUACGACACCUGUCCACUUACCCACCAAGGCUCCCUGGUAUUUGGAGUGUGCUGUGAAAAGGAGUCUGCCAUCAACCAAGAAGAUGACGAUGAUACGAACGAGGUGGAGUCCUUGGUGGUGGAGCAGAUGCCGCAGGCGGUGAACCAGUCAGCGGAGGCGGCGGAUAUGUACAUGAUGGUGGAGGGGGAGGGAGACUUUGGUCCCGGGAUGAUGGAUCGAAGUCACGUCCAGUAUGUACCCCCUCGAGGCCCACCUAUAGGAGCAUCCAAGCUACCCUCGGUGAGGUAUCCGGGACUAAAUAACUACCCUACCCACCCUCCCUUCAUCACCCAUGACCCUUCCAUCACCGACAAACCCUGGUGGAACUCAACACCCAAAACCCAGAACCCCUGGUCGAACCCAACACCCAGCAGUGCCACCCAGAACCCCUGGUGGCCACCCACUACGACCGCUAACCCAUGGUGGUCCUCCCCGCCCACUACACCCUCCACACCCUCCACGACAAGCUGGUGGCCAACCCAUAAGCCACUGGCAGAUGAUCCUAUCAAGACACCAGCACCUCCGCCACCGCCUCCAUCGUCGACGUCGUCAGAUGAAGGGAAGGACCCGUGUUCGCCAACCACUUUCUACAACGCUGCGCCAGACGAAGGAUUUAGGAUAAGUGGAGGAGAAGCAGCCGACGCCCACACCCACCCUUGGAUAGUGGUCCUCUUCAACAGGAACAAGCAAUUCUGUGGAGGCUCCCUCAUAGACCAGACUCACGUACUCACCGCCGCCCACUGCGUCGCCCACAUGAGUCAGUACGACAUCCAGAACCUGAAGGUGAUGAUAGGCGCCCACAACAUCCGCGCCGUUGAGCGAUCAGUACAGGAGUUCAAGGUCACCAGGGUGGUGAGGCACAAGGACUACGACUCCAAGAAACUCUACAACGACGUGGCCAUGCUGACACUAAACAAGCCGGCAGAGUACAACAAUAAAGUGAGGCCUGUGUGUCUGGACCGUAGCAGCAAGAGAUACGAGGGGGAGGAGGUGACCGUGGCAGGCUGGGGCAGCAUGUAUGAAGGGGGCCCUCAGCCGUCGACACUGUUUCGGGUGAGGCUAAAGGUUGUGAGUAACAACGACUGUAGAGCGAAGUACGGACGUUCAGCUCCUGGUGGUAUCGUUGACUCCUACCUAUGUGCUGGCACCUUCGGCAAGGACUCCUGUCAGGGAGACAGCGGCGGUCCUCUAGUGAAACUUGAAGGCGGAGUCUGGAAGCAGGUUGGGCUAGUGUCGUGGGGCAUCGGGUGCGGGAAAGGGCACUUCCCAGGCGUCUACUCCAGGAUUUCCUCGUUCAUCAAUUGGAUCGACCGAGUCAAGGAAACCUACUGAGCAGCGCCGUGCAUACCCCAUCCCUCUCAACCGCAGAUGACCCCUCAACUUCCUCCACCACCUGAGACUGACGCAACCACACGAAGAGUCCUCCUCCUUCUAUUCCUUCUCCAGCUCCUACUCCUUCUUCUCAUCCUCCUCUUUCUCUCUCCUCAAGCCUAAGGAACCGUAAAAGAAGAAGAGUCCAAGUAGCAAGCUGAGGGUCAAGUGGAGAUAAAACAGGAUAUCUCACAACAACUGGACGUGACGUUGGAGUAAAGAUAACGUUUACAUGAGAGUUGUCACGAUCAGCUGUUAAAUGAAAUGAUUAGUAACGCCCGCACUAAUCAGGGUUUAUAAGAAGUAUGAAUAAUGAACCCGAGAGAGUCUAAACAUGAUGACAAUAAGGUAAAUAAGGAGAAGAAUAUGUUACUGAUAAACGAUGUCUCUCAGUCAUAGCUACGUUGAAUAUCCCCGUGACCUUCCAGUAGCUAUUUGGCCUCACCUUAACAUAUCACAUAACCUUGAUGGGCAUAACCGAGGCUAAACACUUGCAUGAUACAGUAAUGUCAAGGCCUCAAUACUACUAACCAUUUCCUGAGAUUUUAAGAAUUUUUUUUUUUGUCCGUUAAAGGAUUUUUUUUUCUUUAUAUUUGACGAAUUACUUUUGUUAAAACUUUAAAUCAUCCCCUAAAAAAAAAAACCGAUUCUAAACAGCACUCAUGGCCAUUCAUUUACCAGGGAAUUAAUCUUAAUAAACUGAGUAACAAUGAUCGAAUAAUUGUUUUUCAUCUUUUUUCUUUAAUUAUCAAUAUUCUCCAUGUUAUCUUUAUUAUCUCUCUACGAGUUCAUCUUUUCAAUAUAUCUAUAAAAAACUUUAUCCUUUGUUUGAUAGUUUUGUUUAUUUCAUUCUUUAUUACUUUAUUCCUAUCUUUACUCUUUUCUGUUUAUUGUUUAUUGUCUACUAUCAUCUGUUCACCGAUUGGGGUCUCAUGUUUACUGUUUGCUAUCUUCUGUUCAUUGUUUGUUCUCUUCACAACUUACACGAUUUUGUUUACUUUGUUUUAUUGAAAUUUUUUGUCACUUGUUUACUCCCUAUUAGAUCCUCUUUAAAUUUAUUAUCAUUUGUUUAUUGUUUACUGUUUUCUGUCCUUGUUUGCUGUUCUGUACUUGUUUACUACUAUCUGUCCUUGUUUACUGUUCUAUGUCCUUGUUUACUUCACUUUCCUUGUUUACUAUUCUAUGUCCUUGUUUACUGUCCUUUGUCCUUGUUAACUGUUCCAUAUCCUUGUUUACUGUUCUAUUUUCUUGUUUACUGUUCAUUAUAACCUCUUCAUAAUUGCUCUCCUCCUCCGUUUACUGUUCAGUAACUCCUGUUCUUGAUUCCGUCUCUUCCGUUCACCUUUCCCAACCUACUGUUUACCGUUUAUCACGUCGUACACCUGUGAUAUCCAUUUAGUUAUUACCGUCUCUCCUUCACCCUGUACAUACUAUACCUUCUUGCCUGUUUAUCUCUCUCCACUGUCUCUUACGUCUUGCAGUGUUAAUUAAUCUGUACCUUAACACUCAGAGGUCUCCCAGUCUCUCUUUCUCUCCUUCCUCCUCUCAACUUCACUCAGGAAAAUCAUUUGAUAUUGGAUGUGUGAAGUACACCUGUGAGUUUCAAUUUCCUGUAUCUUAAAUUAGUGAAAAAGGUGAAAAAAAAGUAAUUAUGAUUUUUUUUUAUGAUCAAGCAAGACAGGUGAGGAUAUAUUAAGCAAUGUUCAGGUAGUGAGAGAUGACUGGAUCUUGUCUUCAUCUCUCGCAGGUUGUCUUCGAGGGUCUUGGUACCCAGCUCCCAGGAAUUAAUUAACUGUUUCAAAAUUACCUGGUCUUGUGUAUCUCAACCUUGAAGUUUUCAAUGGAAAUUAUAGAAGAUAUUUACCUUUUUUUUUAUUCUUAUGUGCAGAAAUGCCCUCAAAAGACAGGCUGUGCCAGACACGAGUCUUGAUAAAUGUGUGUAGCAGAGAAUGAGGAGUAAAAGUGUUGAGUUCCCCCUUUUUAUGUACUAUUUUGUAUACGUAAUACCGGCAGCGACUUUAACAGUGUAUUGUAUACAGCAAUACACACUGUGAAGGGUCGCGUAUGUGAAUGUAUGCCUGUAAUGAGAAAUGUUCCAUUUAUAACAAAUCGCUUACAUUGAUGCUGAAUAUAUACCCUUAUAACUCCGUGUAUGCAAAUAUUGUUCAGAGAGCUUGUAGAUGGUUUAUCCUCUCCAGGUUUUCUCGUAUAACUUGUAAGCUGCAGCAACACAAAUAGAAGUGGAAAACGUGA